CAGGCUAAUGGAUCUGCAGCAAAGUCUAAAAGCUGUAAAGUUGUACCUCAAGCUGGUUGCUGUAAGGAUGGUGAGUUUACAAUUUAUUUUAAAAAUUGAUUUUCAACAAAAUAAUAAUCCACGGAUAUGGAAAAAUACCAGCUAAUACCAAAAACAAAAAAUAAAUCUUCUUAGUAUGUUUAGAUUAAAAUUUACCAGAAAUCAAGGUAUUUAAGGCCAGCAAAGUACAUUUAAGUAUUGCAUUAGUGGGAUCAGUUCAGGUUAUACACAUAACAACUUGCUAGUUCUGCUGUAGCAAGAUUGUGUGGAUGGUAAUUUAGUUCAGUGGUGAGUUUCAUUGACAUAUCGCUGUAUUUUUUUAAUAAUUUAAGGCAAAGAUGGAAAGGAUGGACAACAUGGUGAGUCACAUUAAAAUGCAACAAUUUUCCUUCAUUACCAUUUACAUUAAUGCAACAUUAUAUGAUUUAGUAAAUAAUUAGUCACUUGUAUAAUCAAGUGUUAUUUUUGGUAAUUGCAGGAAAAGAUGGGCGCGAUGGAGUGAAUGGUGAUGUACAUUAUUUUAUUAGAUAUUACUAGUAAUAAAGGCUGCGGAGUGUGGGCGACAACGAUUGAAUGUCAAAACGCUUUCGUUUCAAUCCAGUGCUGUGCUUUGUGUGGUGGUCAAAAUAAAUGUGAUUACAAGCUGUGAUAUAAGGUCCAAAUGCACGUGCUCAAAGUGUGUUCUGUGCAUUCCAUACAUUUUUUUGUGGAAGUCCAAACGAAUGGCUACAUACAUGCAACACAUACGUAAUAACAACCUGGAGAUUAGAAUUGCAGGCUCCUCUUGACGCCUGUGAUUAUCCUUUAUACAAAGAUCAACAUGUCAAAAUAAUAUACUUGCCAACUCUUUCUGAGUCAAAUUAAUUAAUGCAUGAGAUUUUCGUCCUGUUAUGACAGGAGUUUCUGAAAACGUCCCAGCUACUUCCACACAUUUCCAACAAUUUUCCGAAGACUUCCAAACUUUGCCAAAAAAUGUGUGAAGUUGUUCUGACAACCAUUGAGCAAUUCUGAAGUUAUUUUAAGUGUCAAAGGGAAAUUGAAUUGUAUUUUUGUCAUUAAUCAUGUGUUAAAGAACAAUUUGUCUGGAUUUGUUUUCAGGUGUGAAAAAUUGUCCUUGUUGAUGAGUGAAAUCAAGGCCUAGAAAUAAGUCCCCAGGCAUGAAACUCAUGCAUAAUGUGUUAGAGUUGUCAGGCAUACUGUAAUUAUUCUCAAAAUAAAUCUUAACCAUGGGUUUCCUUCUUGUCAUCCCCCCUGUUGUAGCUUGUUGUCAGUGUUCUACCCUAGCUUGUAAUAUUACUAAUCCAAGGCUGUGUUCCAAGAAAAAUUAUAAGGUGUCCAGUGCUCUGAACCUGUGAAAAACAGGGAGCCAAGCAUCAGAUUUGUAUGGGAAAGCUAAGAUUUCCUCUUUGCUCAAGAUCAAAAGUAUUAGGUUUUAGGGGCUACUGACUGGACGCUGCUAGAGCACCAGUACAGCACAACUUGAAUACAAUGAAGGGCCAAAGGACUGGCAAUAAUAUAGCAGGCUAUAACGAGGUUUCGGUUUAUUGAUUUUUUUUUUCAUAUAUUUUACUUUUACUGGGGUAAAGAAAAUAUUUUGUUAUACCGAGGAUUUAGUUAUAUAGAGGUUCAUUAUAUCGAGGUUCAUGAUGUUGAGGUUCCUCUGUAUCACUUUAAUUUGUUUAUUGUCUUGAACACAGGAAAAGAUGGCCGUGAUGGACGAGAUGGCAGUGGAAUAAAGGUUGGCCUUUUUAAGCUGCAAACAUUGCUUUCUCUUUUUCCUUGAAAAGUUUUCAGAAAUUCAAAUUAAAUAACCUAGGGAGCUGUAGGUCUCCAAUAAAAUGGUCCCUGUAGUGUGAAUAUAACAAGUUGCCAAAAAAGAGGUUUUUUUUGGACAUUUGGGCUUUUCUCUUUCUAGAGAAAGAAGAAUAAGAUGUAAAAUUAUUUUUAAAAAAUUAAUAAAUAUUAGUUAAAUGUUCUUGUGUAACAAUCAACUUUUACAGUCACUGUAACCAGAUAGUUUGCAAAAAUGAAACAUGACUAAAAUAUAAUACAAAUUAUGGACUUCUUAUAGAAUGGAACACAACUCCAAAAUAGUUGGUCAUCUUUUCAAAGUUGUGUCACUGUGUAUUGGACAAAUAAAAAUUGCUACAUAAAACUAUUUGAUUUGCUUUUUCCCCACUGAUUCACUGUAAAACUAAUUAUAUCUCCUUGCUGCUGGUGCAAUAACCAGUAAGAGGAACAGCACCUGCUAAUUUUUUUUGAAGCGGUACUAUACAAAUGUGAAUAAAUUGUAUUUCAUACACCUGUACCUCAGUUUAAUAAUUAUAUUUUAUCAUAAUAAAAUGUAAUUUCACACUUUCAUUGUUUUUUUAUGUACUGAUACCUAUCUUGUUUACACUUUAAACGUUGACAAUAUGCUGUCGUCAAAAGGUUGUGGAAGUCUUGCUGGGAGUCAAUCGUUUUUGUAAAGUAUAAAAUUGAUGUCUGUGACAACCAUGUAACAGCUGAGUUCCCCCUUUCAAAAAUAUGUCUAUUUUUCAUUUAGUGUCAGGCCUUGAAAAAGUCUUUGUGAGCCUGAUAAUCCCCCCACCUCCACUCCCUAGGAGGACCUAGGUAAUAAUGAACUAUAACAUUAUUAGAGAUUAGCUAACCCAUUUACCCCUCGGAAUUUUGCUGAAACAUGCUUUGAAGCUUGUCAAAACCAUUUUCUGGUCACUGUCUGGUAAUAAAGAGCUAAAAUGUACCAAAAAGCCAUUUAGAGGUUGUGCACUACAAGGUCUUCUGUUCCAGAUGCAAAAUAUCAGCUUCUGAAGUUCGGGCAUGUGCAGAAGCAAGUGAAGGGACGUGGACCCUUAUGGGCAGUCACGAGGGGUUUAAGGACGAUUGGGUUAAGAUUCAUGUAGUGUAACCUUCCUUGUCCUAUUCUAUGGUUAUAACAGUGUUAACGCAAUAACUAAGCAGGUGUGUAGAUAAACUCAGACCAAAAUGCUAAAUUAAAAUAGUUGGCAUGGAGCUGUUUUGGUUACUUAAACUAACAAAAAAAGUGCACUAUGUGUUGAUUCCUAAUUUUUUUGUUAUGAUAAAUAAAAUUUUAUUGAUAAAAAACUCAUUUUAGUGGUAGUACCUGUAUGUCCAUGGAAUGGUUCUUCACCUUCCACAUUCAACCAUGCGCCAACAUUUUUGUCCUUAUUUACCACUGAGACAGAAGCUAAUAUAGAGAGUAGAUAAAUUAAAUUAGUGGUUAUUUUUCAGUGAUAGUUUUCACAGUUUUGGUUUCAUAUUUAUUUGAAAAUGUCUACGUUAGGGAGAAAAAGGAAAUACAGGGAUACCAGGAAAAGAUGGAAAUGCUGGCAUUAAGGUAUUAUUGACAUAUACUGCUUUUUAAAUGAAGGUUUUUGGUUUUUGGAUCCAUAUCCUUCUAUAAAACGUCAUUGAAUAUAAAUUUAAGUUGAACAAUGCAAAAUCAUAAAAAUCAUAACCAGAUCAGUUAACUAUUGUUUGAUAUUCACCACAGUAAAGACCACCAAACUAGCUAUUCUCUUAGCAUCGGCUCCUUUAACAUUGUUCCUUAUUUUAACUUUAAGGUUGCAGAAGAGAGUUUUUUUUAGAAAUUGCUUUAUGCAUUUACUAUGCAUGUUAACAUUUUAAUCAUGAGGAGAUAAGUAGCCAAUGAGCUUUUAAAGAAAAAAGUGUGAGGACAAGUCGAGAAGAAUGCUUAGAAGUUGCUUUAAAAAAUAAAAUAAUAGAAAUACGAUAUAAGAUUAAUUUGAAAAACGUUGCUUAGAUGAUUACAAAAGUUUUGGUAACUUUCUACUCUUAUUACCAAAGGGACUUUACAAUACCAGCAACGAGUCUUAAAUAACUGACCUUAAUGAAUGGUAAUGAUCAACAACCUAUCAAACCAUCUUCAGUAACCUUAAAAUCUGCAGGCUUGGGCUUUAAGUUAGAUUAUUCCACCCUGUUUCCUAUCUUUUAAAAUUAAUUUCAUCUGAUCAUUAGUUUAAUUUUUUUCGUAAUUUUUAUUAUCUUCAGUUCUUAUCUAUUAUCUUCAUCAUCGUCAUUGCCACUAUUUUAUUACUGUUUAAUAGCUUUAUUUAAUUACUUAUUAUUAUUAUUAUUAUUAUUAUUGUUAUUAAUUAUUAAUUAUUGUUAUAAUUAUUAUUAUCUUGUGUGGUUAUUAUUAUUUUUGUUGUAGGGGGAGAAAGGAGAACCCGGAAUGGAUAAAACCAGUAAUGGUGGUGUUAAAGUAAGCGUAAAUUUAUGCUUCUUAGGCUGAGGACAGAAAUGACUAAUUUUCAGUGUCCAAGACAAAAAGAAAAGCAGAUGUACAUUCUUUAUCCAUACAGCAACAAACCACUCAUUUAAUUUUCUUUAGUGUUCCUGCUUCUUUGCAGCUGUAAAUGUGGAGAUCAGUUUUUAAAGUUCAAUCGAGAUCUUUAGUUUUAUUAUAUAGAUUAGGAUAGGAUUUUUCCUUUUACUUAAGGUGGCUCGACUGGAUUUUUUGGGGUUGAUACCUUCCAACUUUGAGCAUUAACUACGUCGGCAUGAGUAAAGAUAUGGAAAAAAGGUUACCACAACUGUAUUAUACAAAGAUGAAAAUUUCUUAUGAUCUGGGUUUUAUUGCAAUCGGAGUCGCCAUGGCAACGUAAUGACGUAAUUACGUUUUUCAUAUAUCUUUGUGUUUCUCUGUUCCAGGAGUUUUUUCAAGAAAUCGCUUAAGGGAGUAUGUACCUGCUAUAAUUGCCUCCAUUAUGGUAAAGUUUGAACAAAUUCUAUGAGAGCGUUUUCGAAGUAUUUUGAAAUGUAGUUUUAAGAAUGAUAAAAACAGUGAAAUAGCAUGCUACCUACACAAUUCGCUAAUAUUUUAAGAAAAUGAUAAGCUUUGAGAACGAGGCUUCAUCUCAUAGUGGUUUGACUCCAUUGAAAACUGCAUACGAAAAAAGAGGGGAAUUGCUCUAGGCGAUCGCGAGUAAGAAGAAUUUUAUUAACUUGCAUUCAGCUGCUUUUGAUACAGUUUUUGGACGUAAUUUGGUCCAUCCCUAAAAAUUUCGCAUUUUUCCAAAAACCGCUCGAUAAUUUUUUUUAUAAAUUCGACAAUCCCGAGAUCAAUCGUCAAGAAAUAUUCCCUGCAAGUUUUAAGAACAUUGAAAACAUGGAAGGCUUUUAAAUAGGGCCUCAAAUAUAACCAAUUUUCCCCCUAGAUUUUGUGUUUACAAGUGAGUGUCCUCAUUAUUCAGUGGCAUUGUUUUCAAGUUUCAUAUACACGUGCACAUUUAGCAAAAAGAUAGAAUUUGCAUCAAAAAGGACCCUCGGUUAAAUCUUCGGGAUAUGCUAAUUACCGGGUAAAGAGAUUAAUGAUACAUUAUAACAUCAGAGCAACUCUUUGUGAUAGUUUCUGUGAUGUUAUAACCCGAGUAAGAUAAUUAAGUAUUCCAUCCUACGCGAUGAGCCGUGACGUUCACCGUUUCGGCUCUCACUGCUAUCUGUGACGACAAGCCAACUAUUAGCAUAUUCCUGAUAUUUCUUCGGAAAGUAAUCGAGAGUUCUUUUUUAUGCAAAUUUAUAUCUUUUGCUGGUUGUGCACGUGCAUAUGAAACUUGAAAACAAUGCCACUGAAUAAUGAGGACGCUCACUUGUAAACACAAAAUCUGGGGGGAAAAUUGGUUAUAUUUGAGGCCCUAUUUAAAAGCCUUCCCUAUUUUCAAUGUUCUUGAAACUUGCAGGGAAUAUUUCUUGACGAUUGAUCUCGGGCUUGUCGAAUUUAUAAAAAAAUUUAUCGAGCGGUUUUUGGAAAAAUGCGAAAUUCUUAGACAUGGACCAAAUUACGUCCAAAAACUGUAUCAAAAGCAGCUGAAUGCAAGUUAAUAAAAUUCUUCUUACUCGCGAUCGCCCAGAGCAAUUCCCCUCUUUUUUCGUAUGCAGUUUUCAAUGGAGUCAAACCACUAUGAGAUGAAGCCUCGUUCCCAAAGCUUAUCAUUUUCUUAAAAUAUUAGCGAAUUGUGUAGGUAGCAUGCUAUUUCACUGUUUUUAUCAUUCUUAAAACUACAUUUCAAAAUACUUCGAAAACGCUCUCAUAGAAUUUGUUCAAACUUUACCAUAAUGGAGGCAAUUAUAGCAGGUACAUACUCCCUUAAGCGAUUUCUUGAAAAAACUCCUGGAACAGAGAAACACAAAGAUACAUGAAAAACGUAAUGACGUCAUUACGUUGCCAUGGCGACUCCGAUUGCAAUAAAACCCAGAUCAUAAGAAAUUUUCAUCUUUAUAUAAUACAGUUGUGGUAACCUUUUUUCCAUAUCUUUACUCAUGCCGACGUAGUUAAUGCUCAAAGUUGGGAGGUAUCAACCCCAAAAAAUCCAGUCGAGCCACCUUAAAAAGUCAUAUCUUCAUCGCGCGCAGUGAAGAUACUAUUUUUAUCUUUCACGUGUGAGGAUAUUGGUGUUGCUUGAUGGUUACUAACAUGAUUAGCCAAUUACAAGAGAGCUUCCCGCUCUGGUUACUAUUAAAGUAUUAUUGUCUUUAUUUCUCCUUUAUAACUUUAUAUCCGAGUUUCAUAACAUUUUUGUGACAGGCAUUUUGCGAUAGCUGACCACUUUAAUUGCACUAUUUUGCUGUUUCGAAAAUGAAUUUUAAAAAAAGUUGUGUUUUAUGUAGGAAUUUCAUCAGUAUCUAUAAAAUAAACAGAACAUUACAUGGCCGCUUGGGGAUGCGAAUUUUAUCUUCUUGUGCUGAAAGCAUCUCUUACUCGAAGAUAAAAUUUGUAUCCCCGCGCGGCCAUGUAUUAUCCUCUAUAUAUAUUAUUACGUGCUGUUUCGUAUGGUCUGAAAUUAUAUAGGAUCACACUCAUCAGGUAACUUCAACGAUGACCGUUAAAAAUUAAAGGCUGGCAGUAAAAUUUUGAUGGUUGUUAUAGGGAUGCGUUUACAACUGAGCUACUUAUGCAUGCCAAACAUGAAAUCUAUCAUCUCGUCACACAACAAGCACGCUCUUUCAAGUUUUAACUCACCACCGCUUCAACCUGACACCUGCAAUUGCAGGAAAAAAACCAGACAGUCCACUCGUUGUUGUUGUUGUUGAUUCUACCGAGCCACAGUAACCACAGCGACAACAACUGAAACUUACGUCGGACUGGCAACAAACUUUAAGGAACGUUACAGAAAUCAUCAGAAAUGAAACAGAACUCUCAAAAUAUGUUUGGACUUUACAAGACACCAAGAAACCUUUCCAGAUAAAGUGGAAAGUUUUAAAGAAAUGUAAACCCUACAACAACAGUAGCAAAAAAUGUAAUUUUUCCCUUUAUGAAAAAUUCAUCAUCAUUUGUAAAAAAUAGCUGUGUAGCCAUAACAGGCUAAACGAACUAGCGAGUUCAUGUCCCCACAGAAACAAAUAUGUACUCCGGAACUUUAGAGUAACGUAACUAAGACACAAUGCAUCUGUUACCUACAAUCGGCAUGAAUCAGCGACAAAAUGAGUUGAGACACUUUGCCUAAAACUGGGCUUUUUUACGUUUUACUAACCUCAAAAGGAGGAAAUAUAGCUUUUCCUCGCCCAUCCCCUCCAUACAAUGUUGUGCCAAUGUUCGAGCUACGUAUAGAAAACAACAAACACCCCAACUUUGGAUGGAGGGGACAGGGGAGGGGCGCGGAUUCUUUUGUUCUCCUAAGUUACCCUAUUUGAGUACAAUGUGAUGUCUCAACAAUUUUGUCGCUGAUUUUAGAUACCAUCUCUUGAAUGUAACGCAUCCGUAUAACAACCAUCCAAAUUUUACCGCCAGCUUUUAAUUUUUAACUGUCAAACGUUGAAGUUGUCUGAUGAGUGUGUGGUUCUAUAAUUUCCGACCAUACGAAACAGCACUGUCGCAAUAAACGAUGAUUACUCCUGAAGCCUGAACUCCUGUAAAGUUAUAGUCAUUGCUUUUCAAUCAAAUGAAUUGAGCCUUCUGCGAAAUAAAUUCUACCAAGAAUACAAGUAUUUAGAUGUUUAAUUUAUUACUAUAUAAAUAUACUUUUUUACAAGGGUGAGAAAGGAUCUCGUGGUGACAAAGGAUUACAAGGAGAGAAGGGAUCACAAGGACAAAAAGGAAUUCCGGGAACGUGUGAUUCAAAGGUAAUUACUGCCUCAGAACAAUUUCCAGAUUUUAAUUCUUUGUUACCUUAGGUGAUAGUUAUAAAUCCUUAUUACAAUAAGCCAUAUUGAUUAAAUUACCCUUUCUUUAGGCAACAGUUGAUUUUUGCCUAAAAAGAAGCAAAGACUGAAAAACCCCGAUAGCAGAAACUUUAUUGUAUCAAUAAAAUAAAGCUUCCCAGAUCAUCAUUACUGUCAUAUUCAAUGGCUGUAUUCCCUCUGAAGUGCGUUUCCAUGGAAAAACGCGUUUUGGAAGAAUCCAGUGUCCUUCUUUUGAAAGGUGUCCAAGUUUAUUAAGUGUACUUUUAGGAAAAUGACUGAACUACCUCAGGGACCGACUCUUGGUGGUUGAUUUUGGGAGAUGCUAGUUAAGGAAGAUAAGCCAUAUUGAUUUAACCAUAGCCUGCGUAGCAAAGCGUUUCCGUGCGGUUUUGGAGGAAAAAAAGACCGAGGAACGGGAUUUUUGGUUUUGGCCGCGUGAAUAAUGGAACGAAUCGAGUGAGUGAAUCGAGUAUUCUAAAAGUCGAAUACAAAUUAGCUUGCAUGCCCCACCAGGCUAAGGAAAGAAGAACAAAGUGAUACUCGAAGCCUAUGUUUACUAAGGUCAGAUUUAAAAAAUGAUGUCAUUUUUUAAAAUUAGCGUAAUGUCAUUUUGAAAGCGAGAGCCUUUCUCCAUCUCUUUAUGUCCGAUCAAGGGAUAUUUCUGUUAGAAAAACUUAACUGUACAGGUGUUCCACCUUAUAGCAUAUAUCACUACAAUCAUGGACAAAAGUCUUGCGAAACAUUUGCAUUUGUGGGGCUUUUUUCAAUUUACCCAUUCCCAACCCCUUCUCUACCCCUCCAAACAACGUUGGACUCGUGUAUGCAGAAUUUUUCCGAGUUUCAACAUUGCAAAGGGUGAACGGAGGGAGAACUGCGAGAAAAUGCACUUUUUUAUAAGGGCACCCAAUACUGCAUGACUGUCCCUAGAGCUUUUGUCUAGGAUUGUACUUAACAAGAUUGUAAGCUUUGUUAUUUAAUUGUAUUUUUCCUUGUUAUUUUGUGUUUUAGAGCAAAUCAAGGUGCUGUUUAACCGGUAAGAGCAUGAUUUCUUACUGUUGUCUACAAUAUAUGAGUACACUGAUUAACUGGCAAGAAGAGUUUUCGGAUUUUAAUUUCACAAAAACAUGGCUUCUCUUUCGUUUUUGCAAGACCCCAACGCUGAAAUAAAUUUCUUUAACGAUUUAUUCCUUGUAAUUACUUGAUAAUAAAGAUUUUCAUCAUUACUUUUUCUUGUGGAAGAUUGCUCUAUUGGAUUCCACUUCUUUGAGAAAGUUCAAGAUCUGCCAACCCGAGGAGCAGCGGGUGUGGAACAUUUCACCAUUGAUGGAAGCUUGUUCCUUGCUUUCGCCAGUUUUCAUGGGGACAUUAAAAAACACAAGACAGAUUCCAUGAUCUACAAGAUGGACAACUCAACUGGAAGAUUGUCUUUGUACCAGACCCUACAGACAAGAGGAGCGUAUGACCUGGAGUACUUUUCUAUCGCUAACAAACAUUUUCUUGCUGUCACUAAUUAUUACGAUGGAACUCACCGGCUGGACUCUACGGUCUAUCAAUGGAAUGGAAAGCAGUUUGUCGACUUUCAGAAAUUAUCAACAAACGGAGCACUCCAAUUCACCUUUAUUAAGGUAAACGGGGAACAUUAUCUUGCAGUAGCCAACCACUGUGACGGAAGUACCCGUUCUAUAAAGUCAAUUAUCUACAAAUGGAGCAGCGGCAAGUUUAACAGAUUUCAAGACAUACCAACAGAAGGUGCCGUGGGAUGUACGGCGUUUGUGAUAAACGGUGACACAUUCAUCGCUUUUGCAAAUUAUUACAACUCCCAACACAAGUAUUCUGUUCAGUCCACUGUGUUCAAAUGGUCAGGAGGUCACUUUGUUAAACUGCAGUCUCUUCAGACUUACGGAGCGCACGAUGUCAAGCCAUUCAACAUCAACGGUCACACUUACCUCGCUUUUGCCAACUAUUACUCUGGAAGUAAAUACAACAUCGAUUCCUUUAUUUACAAGUGGAAUGGUAGCAAGUUCGUCCUGUUCCAGUCAAUUCCUACUCGAGGAGCCAUGGCAUUGUUUCCGUUUGAGAUCAGCGGCCACACGUACCUUGGUGUAGCUAACCACCAUGGUGAUAGUCAGAAACACAACACUCAGUCAGUUGUGUUCCAGGCCUCUGGGGCGCGGUUCAUCAAGUACCAAGAGAUUCCAACAAAUGGGGCGCGUGGUAUGACGUCAUUUGAGUACAAAGGUCAUACUUACCUUGCAGUAACAAACUCCUACAAUGGCCAGAAGCACAACAUAAACAGCGCCCUGUACAAGUGGAUAUAGAGCAGGAGGCCAUCAGGUCAGGUCCAAGCAAAGAAGAUGUUUUGUGUAGUGAAGAACUAAAACAUUUCAAUUGCUAAUCUUAGUAAUAACGGGAACUUUAUAAACGUAAUACUGUCUAUCCGUUGAAAAGGAGUUUUUAUAGGAAGGGGCUGAUACAAUAACGUCAGUAUUUUGGUUGAUAUAGUGAAAUGUUAGAAAACAAAAUGUGCUUUAUUAUCGCGGCGAUUAGUUGCAAUUAAGAUGUGCUUGGAACACUAAGAGGCUGUGUAGUACUUUUAUUUGAAUGAAAAUCCUACAAAAAUGAAUCUGUGGCAUAGCUUGUAUUUCUGUCUACUCUCAACGGAAUGUAUUAUAAUGAGCACAGCUUGAGCAAUCAGCAAAGGGAAAGGAAAGUUAAAGAAUGUAUAGGCUUUGAACGGUGAUUCCUUGUGCAAGUUGGCAAGUAACGCGAGUUUUUAUUGGCCCAUCGAUGAACGUAGCAAUGUCGACUAAACCAUUCAGUUAUGGCGUUAUUUUAAUAACUGUCGUUUUACACAUUGCCAAUUAGAUACAAGAAGUAUUCGAGCGCUUAGAUUUUCAAAACCAGCUCAGCUUUUUUAGAAUAUAGGCGUUUUGAGGCUAGACGAGCCGUUGUCUGCUCACUAUCUGCCUAUAAAGAGCCAAAACUGCCAGGAACGUCGUUUACAGGUCGAGCACUUUACACCUUUUAUUAUAUACAUACUGAGAGAUACUCACCAAAAAGCUAUGUCGUAAAUUUUAGUACGCAAAUAAGUUCUAACCAAUCAGAGGAGCGAACGAUGGUUUUCACACGUGAAAAAAAAUGAUACGUCCAAUCAGAAUCGCGAACGAUGUUUUUUCACGUGUGAGAAAAAUGAUACGUCCAAUCAGAAGCCACAGAGGUGUGCGAGUUUCGCGCC